GGGGUUCAUGGUACAGACACAAGUUCCUCUUGUGAUGAUGAACAUUAGGGGGUUCUACAAAAACAAGGAAAACUAGUGUAUACUUGGUUUAGUGAAGAAGUUGUGUGGAAAAUUUAUCUGAAGUUAUACACGAUGUAUCGUCAGGCCAUUCUGGAAAUUCUCCCUAAAUGGCAUUUUUGGAACAACAGAGUAUGUUUUUCUCAUGUGCGACUUAAGGAGAACUUUCAGAAGACCUUAGAAGUUAUCAAGGAAAACAACAGAGCCCAAAAAUUCUGCAGUGUUCUCAUAAACGCUAAAGAAGUCACUCAAGAAUCUGACUGUAUCUCUCUUCACCCUCCCGUAGAAAUUACCCUGAACAAAGAUGAGUUAAAAGCUCGUUCAAUUAUCUGUGAGCUAAAAGAAAUCAUUCAUAAAGAUAAGCCUGAAUAUAUUCUAAUUGAUACGAUCUUAAAAGCACUUAAUAAUAGUUCUAAUGAAGCACGUCAGCAGCUUAUUUCACUUCUUUUUAGUAUUGAUACGGUUAAUUUCUUGAAUCCCAAGAGCCAGAGUUCAAAAGAAUACUUAAAAUAUUUUAUAAGUGAUGUUGAAUGCUUUUUUAGAAAUGCAAAUGAGAUAGAUCCUAAUAGGAUUUUAGAUACCCAAGGAGCUUUAAAAAUGGUUGAAAAUAGCUUAUUUAAUGAUACACAACAAGAUAUGUCAAAUGUUGUAUAUCCGUCUUCAAUCUCUUAUCUGUAUUCAAUAGUGCACAACGUAAUAUUUGACGAAGGUAAUCACUCUGAUGAUCAUAAUAGAGAAAUCGAAGUUUUAAUGUCUGAUGCCGUUUCACUAAUUUCAACUAGGUUGUUACUACUGCACAGUGCCUCAAAAUCUAUUAUAGAGAAAUGUUUAUUGGCACGAAGAUCUUCACUAGCUAUUGACAGAGAUGAUUCUAAAUGCGAAGAGAUUUAUUUGCAGCAGUUUAGAGAUUGUUACUAUAUUUUGGACGAGGGCUGAUUGUGCUCCGGAAAAAAUCCGGAUUUCCGGAAUUUUCU